GAAAAAGCUAAUUAUACGAACUUUUACAAAACUAUAGCGCUAAAUCAACACUUUGUACAACACAAUCUUUAAUGUAAUUCAUUAAAAUUUACAAAUUGUUACACAUUUAAACAUAAAAAUUAAUUUAAAUAGUCGAAUCUUUAAUUAAAAUAAUAUAAAAAUAUUUAACUAAUACUAAAUUAUUUACAAAAAUGAUGCGAUUGAAUGGGCAAACGUAUACCACAGGAAGUAUUCUAAGAAAGAAAAGCUACACUGAUCACGAUAUUAGGCUAGAUCAAAACAAUAUACCAAAAUCACAAUCGUUUCCUAUUCAAUCAAAACGACAUCAUUAUCAGAGUAGUUCGAACAUAGCAGAUAAUUUACGACUUCAUUAUGUUACGCAAAGGAUUUUGGCUUCAAUAUUACCAGCCAGAGAUAGAAAUAUCGAAGAAGAUGUACUACUACAAGGACCUCAUAUGGAAGGUCAACUUCAAGAUGAAUAUGAAAAAGAAGUGAUAUUGAUGCUAGAACAAAAACACGGAAAGAAUUACCGUGUUUUUGAUCUGGAGUCAUGUAUUUCAGUAAUAACUUUGGAAAGAAUUUGUGAACUCUGUAAACGUAUCGAUAAAUGGUUGGGAAGCGGUCAAGAAAAGGUCGUUGUGCUGCAAGACAGAGAUAAUAGACAACGACUGGGUGCAACUAUUGCAGCAUAUCUUGAAUAUUUAGACAUAUGUGCAUCUAGUUUUUCAACGACGUCAAGAACUAAUAGUAGUCGAACUAGUCAAGAUCAGGCAAAUCGAGAGUCAAGAACAUCGACAAAUGAAGAUUUGCGGGCUCAAAAUGCCAUUAUUAAAAAUUGGCUUGAUUUAGAUAUUUUCUCAAUGAAAAAAUUUUUGGAAGAUUUUAUCGGUCCACUUCGAAUUCCAUCCCAUAGACGUUAUAUACAAUAUUUUUCUGGUUUGUUAUCGACUAGAGUCAAAAUGAACUCAUCAGCAUUAAAUUUAAAAUGUAUAUCAAUUGAAUCUCCACCAUCUUGGUUGCAAUACAACGUAUUGUCUUCGGAAAGUGAAUGGAAUAGUUUCAUAAAAAUUUAUGAAGGUUUACGUUGCGUAUACACAUCGGAUAUUCAUAUUAUUCCAAUAACAACAAGACAAUUUUUAUAUCAAAUUGGUAACUUACAACUACGUGGUGAUAUUCUUAUUAGGUGCUAUCAAAUUAUACCAGCUAGUGCAAUAUGUAACAAUAAUGAAAACCUUAUGUAUAAUGGUGGGCUGGAGAGUAAUGAAUGCCGCGAAUUACUGUUUUCGUUGCAAUUUCAUACAUGUGCAAUGGAUUCGAAAGAAGUUGUUUUCAGAAAAGAAGAUUUAGAUUAUGCUUGGUGUGAUCAUCGUUUCCCAAAGGAUUGUAAAGUAACUUUUCUUUUUAACCGUGGCGUUGGUAGCGAAAACAAUUAUUUGUUUCAAAGCCCAUUGAUUAGAACAGAACCAGCCAAUGUUUUAGCAAAGGCAGAUAGCAUUGAGGAUUUUGAUCUGAGUUCUAAGUAUCAAGGACCACUUGAUGGUUCUCUAUAUGCAACAAUUUUAAAAUCACCGAAAUCAAAUUCAUCACAACACAUACCAAUAUCACAAGUUACAAACCAUACUUCAACUAACUCAGCAUAUUUAAUUCAACCACCUCCUCAAUUUAGUAGUCUUCAAUCAUUUGAGGUUAUUGAAAAUAGACCAAUUAGCACAAGUACACCAAAACGAGAACGUGGUAAAACAGUUGAACCACCAGCCCGAACUUCUUCACUUCGCAUUAGAGAUACACAAAGUCAACCAAAAUUGUCCUCAGAAUAUAAUUAUAUUGAAAGUAGACCUGGAACAUCACAAUCAAAUUAUAGAGCAGGUCAACAAAAACAUCAAACGCAGCAAAUUACUUCCGUUGAAUCAUAUCACGUGCCUAAUAUUAAAAGUCAGUCAAAACAUAAUAUAUCUGAAAUAAAUUGUAGUCAGCAAAAUGGAACUGGAAUACGUGAAUAUGUUCGGAGUCCGCUUACAUUAUCAAUGGAUUCUGGAAUUUCCAGUAAUGGCAUAUUAAAUAGACCGAACCAAAGAUCAAGUAUGUCUCCUAUAAGCUUUCCAAGUCAACCAAGUCCACAAGAAGAUCGUCAUCGUGAACUGGAUGAAAUUUUAUCUGAUAUGCUAAGUACUGUGCAAGAUAUUCCCGAUUUUAAUAAAAAUAAAAAUCAUAGACAACGUAGUACGACAUCAAAUUCUUUAAAAACAACGCAAAUUCAGCGACAAUUGCGAAAUCAAAGUUCUGUUCCUCUACAUCAUUCUACAUCACAAGUAAUAGUUAUACCCAACAAAAUUUCAAGUAAUAAUUAUGAGCAACAAAACCAGCAACAUUUAAAACGUUCAUUAUCUUACAAUACUUACGUAAAUGAACCUUUAACGUCACAUCAAAAUCUAAAUCAAUCAGCUUAUUUAACAAAAGAGCGAUUGGAAUUAUAUGCUGAUACUUCAAGUACAACUACAACUUUAACACCACCACCGAGCGAAAGUGGCGAUCGUGAUACACCAAUUAUUUCUAGCAAUAUAAUUCCAGCAACAUCUACACCUGGAAAUUUAUUAGCAACAAAUACUCUACAACAUCACCAACACCAAUCAACCAACAAUUAUCAACAACAACAAAUUUAUCGUGAACGGUGUGAAACAUACAAUAGUAUGGCAUCAACAUCUUCCCAACAGUCGUCAUUCUACAGGCAGCAAGAUCGGACGUAUCAACAAAAACAAAAUAAUUUUAUUUCAGAAGACGAAGAUAAUAUACCGUAUCACGCUCGUGAACAUUCAAAACCUUUUUCAUAUGGUAGUGUACCAAAUGAACAUAAAUUAACGGAAGUGUCGCUGAAUAAUAAUAAUAAUAAUAAUAAUAAUAAUAAUAAUAAUAAUAAUAAUAAUAUUAUAAAUAAUAACGACAAAAAUCCGGAAUUAGAUGUUGAGUUAAUUGAUCCAAAAAUGAUAAAAGAACAGUCUGGGCUUUCGAGCCCUUCGUUAGUACGAAAAUUUGCUAGUGGGGUUAAUAACUUAUCAAAUAAUGAUUACGGUACGACAGACAGUAAUAAUACCAAUUUUUCCUCAUCGAAUUCAAUGUUAAGAAAAACUCCAAUAAGAAACGAUUUUGAGGAAAUGCUACGAGAACGUCGUGAAAAAGUUUUGAGUGAAAAAUAUUCGACAAUUGGUGUUAGUAGUACUGAAAGGAAUAAAUUGCCAUCAAAAAUUAACGAUAAUAAGUGGUUGCAUACUCAAGUUAACCAAACGAAUGGUUAUCAUUAUUACAAUGAACCAUUAAAAAGAUCGAAUACUUUAGAUGCUUUUCAUAGGAGUAAUAGCACGGAUGGACUAUCUGGCCAAUCAUGGUUACAGCUGCAACAGCAAAAGCUACGUGCGAAAAAAGAUCAACAACUGAAAGAUGAGCGAAGAUAUUUUGAAGAUAUUCAUGCCGAAAUCAGGAAUAGACCUCAAAAAUCCAGAGUAGUUCGUUAUGACGGUUACGCUAGUGAUACUGCUGCUUUUGGUGAUGAAGUUGAUUAUCGACGACCAUUGCAUGUUCAGACACCGUAUACGGCAAGAUCCCCAGAGCAAAAAUAUAACAAAAUUACAACGACAACUACCACUGUAACUCAAGAGCGCCCAUUUGUUGCUGUUAAGCGAGCCCAUGAGCAAGUAAAAAGAGAAAUAGUCGGUUCGCCACCGUUAUCACCUUUGUCUGCAUUGAGUGCUUCCCCAGUCGGUCAUAUUAUUCAAGUACAAAAUGAAAGUCAAAAUUUUAAUCGGUCUCAAAAUGGACUUUUAUCAAUGGCUGAUCCUAAACAAAACGGACAUAUACGAUUGGAGUCUGAUAUUUUCUUCGCUAAUUAUAAUUAUAACACUAUAGCAUGUAACAAUGUGAGUAACAAUAACAACAAUAAAAGUAAUGAAAAUAGCUUUAUUAUCGAUAAUAUUCACAAUAAAAUCAACUAUAAUUACAAUGCCUGUAAUAUAAUUAACAAUAAAAAUAACAAUAAUGACCAAGUCAUAAAUAUCCAUAAUAAUAAUGAUGCUAGAUUUAAUUCUGGUAACAUUAGCGUCAAUAGCAAUCUAAUUACAAUUUCUUCUAUUCAAUUUAAACCUAACAACAAUAACCUUGCACAAAUUCAUAAACCAAUACAUAAUUUUAAGGGAGUCGAUGGCGGACCUGAUCUUCACAAAAGUAAUGGUAAUAAAAACCUUAAUGAUAGAAUUUAUUAUUUUAAUCGUGAUGAGAAUAGAGUAAACAACAAUUCUUUAAUUGAAGAAGUUUUUGAUAUACAAUCAAAAACCACACAGACAGUCGAUAUUAAUAGUAAAAUGAAUUGUGAUGAUAUUACUAAAAAUAACAGUAGUAAUUCCAAAAUAAAUGGGCAGUUAGCUUUAGACAGAUUAUUAGCAUCGUUAGUGGUUGAAACAAAUUUAAUGGAUCACGAAAUGAAAGAAAAUUAUGACAAAAUUAGUUUAAAUAAAGUUAGUGUUAGCAAAGAUAAUAAUAAAAAUGAAAAAAACAAUUUUUGUACAACAAAUUCUAUAAUACAAUCAAUUAAUUACGACACGAAAUGUAAACCGUUUCAAGCACUAAGCGAUGGCGAUAUUAAUAGCUAUAAUUUGACGCUUAAAACUCCAAUUUUAAAGUCUGAUGAAGAACAAGAACUGCAUGAGGUUAUUGCCGACUUAACUGAAUUCGCUCGUUUUGAAGAUUUACGUCAAAUGAUGACAAAUAAAAAUCAUGUUAAAGUGGAAAAAAAUACUGUUGAAGGAAAUAGCAUUAUGGAGGGUUUUAAUGGUAAUUGUGGAGUAAAUGGUAUAAAUAACAUAAAUUCGGAUAGUUUAAGUAAUAAUAGUAGUAGAAGUAGCGUCAGAAAUAGUAAUAGUAAUCAUAGUUAUUCUUCAUUAAAUGGUAUACCAAGAAGAUUAAUUGUAUCUGAAUCCGAACAAAGCUCAUCAAUAUCACCCAGUUUAUCUGAUAGAAGUAAUCAUGCUAUAUGGAGUGAUCAGGCACGUGAAGAAUCAUUUUCAUCAUAUCGUUCCGAAACUGAUGCCGAAAUAUCUAAUGCUGGUUCACCCAGACCAGAAACUCCAGCAUUUCCAACAACUCCACGUACUCCAUAUGGGUUAACAAAUGGUAAUAUUAGUCCAGGUUUACCACCUAAGAGUCCGACAUCUCAGCGCCGCUUUAAUAAUUCAUCAUGGUCAUUAAGAAGUCAUAAAUCAGCCGUUUCAUCUUUCGAUUUGAGCAAGGACUUGUAUGCUCAAAGAGGAGGACAACAAGAGAUCAUAAAUCAAAAUGAAAUAUACUCAACAUAUGGAGCUCGAAGAAAUUCAAAUUCUUCAAAUGGUAAUAGCGAGCCACAAGAAGUUGCCGCUCAUCAUGUCAAAUUUGUCAGAGAUUCUUCUAAAUAUUGGUAUAAAUCAACAUUAUCGAGAGAUGAAGCAAUUUCAUUAUUACGCCAUGCAACACCCGGAUCAUUUUUGGUUCGUGAUUCAACUACAUACAAGAAUGCUUUUGGUUUAGUUUUACGUGUUGCUCAUCCACCACCAGGUAUAACUUUAAAACCAGGAGGAGAUGAGCUGGUUCGUCACUUUUUAAUUGAGCCAACAAAUAGAGGUGUACGUCUGAAAGGAUGUGCAAAUGAACCAACUUUUACAUCAUUAUCAGCUUUAGUUUAUCAACACUCAAUCACACCACUUGCUCUGCCAUGUCGAUUAAUUUUACCAGAAAGGGAUAUUGCUCCAGUUGAUAUUCAAUCACCAGCACAAAAGCAACUAUUAACACAAGGUGCUGCUUGUAAUGUUCUGUAUUUAUAUGCUUGUGAAACCGAAUCUUUAACUGGUGAAGAAGCAGUAAGAAGGGCUAUAUCUGAACUAUACUCAUUGAAACCUUUGCCUCUGCCAACUGAAGUUCAUUUCAAAGUUUCUCAACAAGGAAUAACAUUGACCGAUAACACCAGGCAAAAAUUCUUCAGAAAACAUUAUUCCUCAAAUGUAGUUUCAUUUUGUGGUUUUGACCCUGAUCGGCGAACAUGGAGUGUUAAGUCUGAGGGCGAUUUCCCAGUUCAAAAUAAAACAAUAUUUGCAUUCGUUGCUCGUCGCUCAGCUUCCUCAACAGAUAACCAAUGUCAUGUUUUCUGUGAUUUAGCCCCAAAUCAACCAGCGUCUGCUAUAGUGUCAUUUGUUAAUAAAGUACUACCAACAGAAAAAAUUAUGAACAGUAAUAUUUAGAAAUACUUAGUUCAGUUAAAUAAAAUUUGGAAUUUAUAUUGAAAAUUAAUUAUUAAAUUGGACAAAAUUAAAUGAAAAUACAAAAUUUGGAACAUACACAUUUGAAAAUUGUAGUUUUACCCUAACAGAAUAUUAGUGAUUGUUCUUAAAAUACCUGUUGUUUAACGUUAAACUCACUUUUGCACAUAUAUAUUCAUGUUAUGUAUUUAUAUUAAUUAGGUAUGUAUAUACUUUUAAAACUGUAUUUUGUUAAUUUGUUAAUUAAAAAUAAAUUUUAAUUUUGUUCA